GACAUUUUCAAAAUCUUUGCAGCAAAUUGAAAAAUAUGCUAUUUCGAUGACCCAUAGCUGAAUCAUGCAACAGUUAAUAGUUAAAAGAUUCAUCAACUUGUCCCAAACUGCUGCAUAUAUAUACAGUACUGCAAGGAAUGUUCUUAAACCAUCAACCAAAAACAUAAUAAUAUCUCAAGUACCUUCACAAUAUAGCCAUUUUCUCCAAAAUCAGAAGUCACAGUGAAGAACUUAUUCGGUAGAAAUGAGGUGAGUGUUCCCAUGAGUUCAGCAGUAUACUCAUUUGAACGGCAGCCAAAAAGACUACUGUCUCUAUCUGCUUGCCAAGACCAUCUUCCAUCUGCAACUUCAAAAUACUUGCCUAAAAUAAAGCAAAGAAAAUCUGUAAUUAGUAAGAUGAACAAACUUGGAGAAAGGAUGGACUGUCUUGCACAAGGCAUCCGUGAGCAUGUGAGCCUUAGCCCGAAGCUAACGGAGACUGUGAAGGGAAAAUUGAGCCUUGGGGCAAAAAUUCUUCAAGUAGGAGGAUUGGAGAAAAUAUUUAAGCAGAAGUUUAGUGUUAAAGAUGAUGAAGAGCUAUUGAAUGUUUCUCAAUGCUAUUUAUCAACUACAGCUGGUCCAAUAGCAGGCCUUCUCUUCAUCUCUACCGAAAAGAUUGCUUUCAGCAGUGAGAGAUCAAUAAAGCUCUUAUCUCCAACUGGAAAGUUGCUUAGAAUCUACUAUAACGUAUCGAUCCCAAUAAGUAAGACAAUGAAAGCAAAAGAGAGUGAAAAUAGGGAAAAGCCAUCACAGAAGUAUAUACAAGUAAUUACAGAGGAUGAUUUUGAGUUCUGGUUUAUGGGAUUCCUUAAUCAUCAAAAAACUCUGAGAUAUCUGCAGCAGGCAAUUUCAAGUAGUUCAAGCAGCUAAGAAGACAGCUUCUUCUUCAUUAGGAAAUACGCCAAUUCAUCAAUGUAAAAUAUAGAUGCAAAAAUGAAUGUAAAGAUCUUUUCAAACUUGUAAUUAGCUCAAUUCCUCAAAGGAGGCUUUAGGUUUCUUAGGCUUUGAGCUGUUGCUGCCAACACAAAUGUAUAGAAUUAUUGUAAAACUAAUGCAGUCAGAAGGCUAAUUCAUCU